GGGCCAAAAGUAUUCAUGGACGAGGGGAAUAUCAAAAUCAAGAUCCGCCAGAGCUGGUGGCAAUACUGGCGACCGAAGGACCCUCCCCCGCCUGCACCGACUUCACUCGACGCCGCACCCACCAUCCCCCUCGCGAAUGCUUCCAUUCUUUCGAAACUCACCUACUGGUGGAUCACACCCAUCAUGGUGCUCGGGUACCAGCGCAGCCUGCAAGCGACUGAUCUGUGGAAGAUGGACCGCUCGCGCGAGGCCGCGACGCUUUCGGAGAAGCUGGACGCGUCGUGGGACCGCAGAGUGCGCGAGGCGGAAGAGUGGAACGCGCGAAUGGACAGAGGAGAGAUACACCCGUCGUUCUGGCUCAGGAUGUCGUGGUGGUGGGCCGGGGUGUGGGGCCUGUUUCGCAGGCCGGGCAAGGGAGGGAAGAGGAUGAGCAGGGAAGAGAGGGAGCGCAGGUGGAGAGAGGUUGAGGGGAGGAAGGCGCCGAGUCUGGCUUGGUCGCUUAAUGACACAUUUGGUUGGGAAUUCUGGGCUGCGGGCGCUUUCAAGAUUCUCGGCGACGUCUCACAACUCAUGGGCCCUUUAGUAGUCCGCGCUAUCAUCACUUUCGGUCGGAACCAUUACACCGCCAUUCAGGCGGGCAAGCCUCCCCCGAGUAUCGGGCCGGGAGUCGGAAUGGCGAUAGGCCUGUUUUGUCUCCAAGUCUCUGCUAGCGUCGGGCAGCACCAGUGGUUCUGGCGUUCCAUGACUACUGGUGUCCUUGCCCGAGCGGCUCUGACGGCGUCCAUCUACAAACGGGGAGUGAACCUCACAGGUAAAGCCAGGGUGAAGCUCAACAACGCCGCGUUGGUAAAUCAUAUCAGCACGGAUGUCAGCAGGAUCGACGCUGCCGCCCAAUGGUUCCACGCAGCCGGCACCGCGCCCAUCCAGGUCACCAUCUGUCUCAUCAUCCUGCUUGUCCAGCUCGGCCCCUCUGCGCUCGCGGGCUUUUCCCUGUUCUUGAUAGUCGCGCCGGUCCAGGAGCGCGUGAUGAACUAUCAGUUUAAUGUCCGGAAGCACUCGAUGAAGUGGACGGACAUGCGCGCGAAGCUGCUGCUCGAGAUCCUCGGCGCGAUGCGCGUGGUGAAGUAUUUCACGUACGAGAACCCGUUCCUGAAGCGCAUAUUUGGCAUACGCAAGAAGGAACUCGACGCGAUAGAGAAGAUACAGUAUGCGCGCUCGGCGAAUAUUGCCCUCGCGUUCUCCGUCCCGGCGCUGUCGGCUACUCUCGCGCUCCUAGCUUACACUUCCACCCGCAGUGGCUUCGACGUAGCUAUUAUAUUCUCGUCGUUGUCACUCUUUCAGCUACUGAGGCAGCCGCUGAUGCUCCUCCCCAGAGCGCUGACUGCUAUCACGGAUGGUCAGAACGCGUUGUCCCGCUUAGCCGUAGUAUUCGAAGCUGAGCAGCGGAAGGACGAUGCGCUGGUCAUCGACCCUGACCAGGACGUCGCGGUGAAAGUGCUCGACGCGACGUUCGAGUGGGAGGAGAAUACCAGUCCCGGUGAGUCCAUGAGUGGGGGCGGAAAGAAAGAUAAGAAAAAGGAUAAGAAGAAGAAAGGAGGGAUGGUACAAGAGAGGAAGGAAGGUGGCAAACCGUUCCAGGUGAAGGAUAUCAAUAUGACUAUCGAGAGAGGCCAGCUGGCGGCUAUUGUGGGGCCCGUAGGUAGCGGGAAGUCAAGCUUCUUGCAAGGCUUGGUGGGUGAGAUGAGGAAAGUGAAGGGCGAAGUUACGUUCGGCGGAAGGGUGGCAUAUUGUCCACAGAGUGCCUGGAUCCAGAAUGCUACGCUGAAAGAUAACAUUCUGUUCGGACAACCGUUCGACGAGGACCGGUAUUGGUAUGCUGUCGAGAAGGCUUCUCUUCUUCCCGACUUACAGGUCCUUCCUGAUGGUGACCUAACCGAGAUCGGUGAGAAAGGCAUCAAUCUAAGCGGUGGUCAGAAGCAACGUGUGAACAUUGCACGAGCUCUCUACUUUGACGCAGAUAUUGUCAUAUUCGACGACCCUCUGUCAGCCGUCGAUGCCCAUGUCGGGAAAGCUCUAUUCGCGGAUGCAAUCAUAGGUGCAUUGAAAGCUCGGGGAAAGACCGUCAUUCUUGUUACACAUGCCCUACACUUCCUGUCCCAAUGUGACUACAUCUACACGAUGGACGAUGGCCGCGUCGUUGAGCAAGGAACCUACCCACAGCUUAUCGAGGCGAAUGGUGAAUUUGCGAGGCUUGCCAAGGAGUUUGGCGGUGAGUCUACCGAGAUGCAAGAGGAAGAAUCGGCAGAGGAAGGUGUCGAGGAAGCAAAGCCCGCGCUCCGCAUGGAUGUUGAAGAAGCCAAACUCAAGUCAGAGAAGCAAGCGAAACGUGCGGGGGCCGGGACAGGCAAACUCGAAGGACGGUUGAUCGUAGCAGAGAAGCGAACAACCGGUUCUGUCUCAUGGGGAGUUUAUCUCGAAUACUUGAAGGCCGGCCGCGGGUGGUUGACGGCCCUUCCGGUCAUCGGGUCGGCCAUGCUCAUGCAAGGUAGUCAAGUAUUGAACUCGUAUACCUUGAUCUGGUGGCAGGAGAACUACUUUGAUCGACCUACUUCAUUCUACCAGAUAAUAUACGCAAUGAUGGGUGUAUCACAGGCCAUAUUCACCUUUACCAUGGGUAUUGCCAUGGACAUCAUGUCCUACUACGUAUCCCAGAACCUCCAUCAUGAAGCCCUACAAAAUAUAUUUUACGCGCCAAUGUCGUUCUUUGACACCACCCCAACCGGUCGUAUUCUAAGUAUUUUCGGGAAGGAUAUCGAUACUAUCGACAAUCAGUUGCCUGUGUCCAUGCGAAUGUCUGUCUUGACCUUGGCCAGUGUCCUUGGAUCGAUAGUCAUUAUUACCAUUCUCGAGCCUUACUUUUUGAUCGCGGCCGCUGGGAUAGCCGUCCUUUAUAAUUACUUUGCAAAAUAUUAUCGCGCUAGUGCAUUGGAGAUCAAGAGAUUGGAUUCCCUUCUUCGAUCGUUCCUCUACGCUCAUUUUUCGGAGUCGUUGACCGGCUUGCCGACCAUCAGGAGCUACGGAGAGCUCUCUCGAUUCGUGAAAGAUAACAAAUACUAUAUCGACUUAGAAGAUCGCGCUCUAAUCUUAACUGUAACCAAUCAGCGAUGGCUGGCUAUUCGGCUUGAUUUUUGCGGAGCAAUGAUGACCUUCAUUGUGUCCAUGUUGUGCGUGGCUGGAAUUUCUGGGAUCAAUCCAGCCCAGAUUGGCCUUGUCCUCACCUAUACCACGUCACUGGUCCAACUCUGUGGUAUGGUUACGCGGCAGACAGCAGAGACUGAGAAUUACAUGAACUCUGUCGAGAGAGUGAUCCAUUACAGCCGCGGAGACUUGAUAGAGCAAGAGGCACCCCACGAAAAGCCGGAUUGCAAGCCUCUAUCGAAUUGGCCCUCAGAAGGUGCUAUAGAGUUCAGGGACGUGAAGAUGAGCUAUAGGAAGGGCCUCCCUUUGGUAUUGAAGGGCAUCUCGAUGAAUGUGCAUGGAGGUGAGAAGAUCGGGAUCGUCGGAAGGACUGGCGCUGGAAAGUCGUCUUUGAUGCUUGCAUUGUUCCGGAUUGUCGAGCUCACUUCCGGAUCUAUCAUUAUCGAUGGCCUCGACAUAUCGACGCUAGGCUUGAAAGAUCUACGCUCAAAAAUUUCUAUCAUUCCCCAAGAUCCGUUGUUGUUCAGCGGAACUAUCCGCUCUAACCUCGAUCCAUUCGAUCUCUACGAUGACGCACGGCUAUGGGACGCCCUCCGGAGAUCGUACCUCGUUGACCCCGAUGAGAGCAGCUCUGCGAAGUCGGGGCCUAGAUAUACACUCGAGACACCGAUCGAAAGCGAAGGUGCCAACCUCAGUGUCGGUGAACGAUCUUUGCUCAGUCUCGCGAGAGCAUUGGUCAAGGACAGCAAAGUGGUGGUGUUGGAUGAGGCAACGGCUUCGGUCGACUUGGAGACAGAUAGCAAGAUCCAGCAGACAAUACAGACGCAAUUCAGUGACCGGACGCUUCUUUGCAUAGCUCAUCGUCUCCGUACCAUCAUAUCAUAUGACCGGAUAUUGGUGUUGGAUGCUGGAUUGAUCGCCGAGUUCGACACGCCGAUGAAUCUCUUCAGCCGCAGAGACAGCAUCUUCCGAGCGAUGUGCGAGCGGAGCAACAUAACCCUAGAGGAGAUCAAGCGAGCUAGGGAAAAUAUCGCGGGAGCUAGCGACACUCAUUCAAAGCAUUAGAGCGUUUGAGCCACGGAUUGUGUAGCAUAAACAUCGAUGUAGAGUACUUCAGUGACA